CCUCCCUUUGGUGUAUAAAUGAAUGAGGAUUCAGCAUUCUUCAACUCCCUAAUACUUCAAUUUCCAAAAUUCUUAUUUUCUCCACAAAGCUUUCAUCAAUGGAAGAAUUCGCUCCUCUGUGGACUUAUCAACAGGCGAUGGAGGAGCUGAAAGAGAAGCUCUUAUACACAGCGAUUGAGCUGGAAUCAGUGAAAAUGGAAGCAAAUCAAGAGAUGAUAAACAACAAAGAGAACUUAAAGAAUCUGCUGAAUCUUCUUCAGAUGGCAUACAAAGAACGAGAUGAAGCAAAGGACCAGCUGCAUAAGCUGCUCAACAAAUUCAUGUUGCCAUCCAAUUUCCAAGCAGAGAGCCCUGUUGUCAAAGCAAAUUCAAGCAUUACAGAAUCUAGCAGCCUCUCCGGCUCCCCCGUCGUCGAUUCCUUCUUUGACGCGGUUUCGUCGCCCGAUUCGGGCAACAAUAUGGAUCCAAGCGCAUUGGUGAUUGAGAGCAUUGUGAAGGGGAGGAGGCUGCCGGAGAAGGGGAGGCUGCUGCAGUCUGUGAUGGAGGCAGGGCCUUUACUGCAGACGCUUCUCGUCGCCGGGCCGCUCCCUCGGUGGCGCAAUCCUCCGCCGCUGCAGCCCUUAAACAUCCCACCAGUUCUCAUCAAUGGACACGACAUGCCGGAUGCUGAACAGAAACCAGCAGUGAUGUCUCGAAGGUGCUCAACUUCUUCUAUGUUGAAUUUCUCUGGUCCCAGCUCCAGUUUUAGCUCUGCAAAGAGACAAAGAUUCCACUGAUAUUCACAUUCUAUUGUAAAAAGGAAAUCAAACUUUUUUAAGGUUGGUUGGUUCCAUUGUAAAUGAUGUCAGAGUUUCUGCUUUCGGAAAUUGAAAUCCAAAUUAGAUUGGUGA